UCCAGACUCCUUUCUUUUUUACAGAAACUGAGGCUCCCCCACAUUCUCUUAUUGCUGCUUCCUGGGAAAAUCCAGGCAGAGAUUCUAGAGAGUGGCAGGAGUGACCGUAGGAAUGUCACAGUGAGUAUCCUCAUCUGCCUGUUGUUUGUGCUGCUGCUGCUGCUGUUUAUAGCAUGGUACUGGUUGAACCGUGCAACGGAAGGAAGGUACCACCCUCGGCACCUGAUGGGAAACCUGGUUUUUUGGUGGCAACAGUUCUGGAGGGAGACACUUUCUGAAGCCUUGGCUGAGGACUACCAGGAUGAGAAACAGAGCGAUGGGGAGCUUGAGGAAGAGCAGCAACAGCAUGUGGAGAAUGGAAGAGAAGAAGGAGAAGAGGAGGAGACAGAGGAGGAGGAGGAGGAGAAGCAGCAGCAGCAGCAGCAGCAGCAGCUCCUUCAGGAGGAAGAAGAGAAGCUGACUAAGGAAGCCUAUCAAGAGGCAGCAGUGGAGGAGGCCUUGGAAGAAGGUGAAGCAUCAAAGGCAGCCCAGAGCAGCGCAGAAAUUCUACUGAGUCAUCUGCAUUCCUUCUCUGGAACAGCAUCCUGGGAAGAUAGUGGCAAACCACUGAAUGUCACUGCUCUCUAGAAAUCCCAGGGAGGAGGGAAGGAUGGACCUGUCACAAACAAGCUUGUCAUGCUUGGUAUCAGACCCACAUAUGGGAAACCCAAGACUGCUGUCACUCUGCUUUGUGUACUGCUUCCACUGGGGAGCAGCACUGUUUGUAAAGUUGCAUUUGCUUCUUCUAACCUGUUCCAAAAAGCUUGUUGUCAAACAAAAAAAAAAAAAAAAAGGCAUAUUCCCUGUAACAAUAAAACAGAGAACUGGUGGCUGUAUCUCAAUAGUUGAUUUUGUAA